AUGAGCUCAAGCAGUGAGGAAAGUGAUGUGCGUAGCGAUGCUGGUCCGUCAAGAGCUAAAAAGAAAUAUCGGCAACAAUUCCGUGAUGAAUGGCUUCAAUUACAAGACUACCGUAAGUGGUUAAAGCGUGAUAAAAAGUCGAUUUAUAAAUGCAUUUGCACUGUUUGCGAUUCUUCUUUGAUUGCCGAUCUGGGUGCUAUUAAAAGACACAGUGAAGGUGCUAAGCAUAAACUUCGUCUUCCUGCCCUAUCGCAUGUGCGUACCAUUGAUAAUAUUUUUAAAAGUCAGCAACGCGCAAGUGAUGAUGAUCAGCGGAAAAUUACAGAAUUAAAAUUAUCGGCUUUUAUGGCAGAACAUAAAAUAUCGCACAUAGUGAUGGAUCAUCUCGUUGAUUUACUUCCAAAAGCUUUUCCAGAUUCUAAAAUCGCAAGUAAUAUCAAACUUAAACACACUAAAUUACAAGCAAUAAUAAAUAACGUUAUCGGGGCUUCUGAAGGAGAAUGUUUAGUCGAAGAUUUAAAACGCGAAAAGUUCUCUAUAAUGGUAGACGAAAGUACCGAUGUUGCCAGUGUGAAAACAAUGUGUGUUGUAGUCAAAUAUUAUGAUCCUAAUUUAGGACGUAUCGUCAGUCGAUUCUGGGACCUUAUUCAAAUAUUUGAUGACAAAAAAGCUGGAACGUCUGGUGAUUACUCAGCCACGGCUGAAAAAUUAUUUAAUUCAAUAAUAAAAUCAUUUCGAGACAAAAAUAUACCCUUAGAAAAUACUAUCGGGUUUGGUUCUGAUGGAUGUAAUAUGAUGAUGGGCUGCCAUAAUUCAGUGUCCUCACGAUUUAGACAACUAUGUCCAGGUAUUACAGUGAUCAAAUGCCUUUGCCAUUCUUUACAUUUGUGCGCUUCCGACGCUUGCAAAGAAUUGCCCCACGAUGCAGAAAAACUGACUCGAAUGAUAUACAAUUACUUCAAAAAUAGUAGCAAACGUCAAGCAGAGUUAAAGGAAUUUCAAGUAUUUACAGACACUAACAUACACAAAUUGCUACGUCCAGCCCAAACGCGUUGGUUGUCUCUUUCCAGUGUUGUGAACAGAAUUAUGGAGCAAUGGGACGCUUUGCGAUUGUACUUUGACGAUAAAUGGCUGGAAGACCAAGAUUGCCAAGCCAUUCAUAUUCUUUUGAAUGAUCACAUCAUCAAGGCAUAUUUUUAUUUUUUAUGUUGGAUGUUGCCAAAGUUUACCCGCGUCAAUGUAUAUUUUCAAAGCGAAGAUCCGGUUAUUAUAGAAGCCCAUAACAAAAUGAAAGAGCUAUACAGAGAACUCUUAUCCUUAUACAUAACUCCGAAUCAUUUAAAGAACACCCCACUCGACGCAAUUGACCCUACUGAUAGUCAACAUUACAUAAAUCUGAAAAAUAUAUACCUGGGAUUGGGUGUUGCUAAUCAAGUUGCUGUCCCAGAGCUACAUGUAAGUACCGAAGAAGUUACAGUGAUGAAACAGAAAUGCCUGAAUUUUAUCGUUAAAGCAUGCGUGGGUAUUCGGAAAAGAUACAGUUUGAAUGACCCAGUUUUGAGCUCAAUCGCAAAGUUGGAUCCCGAUUCUUGCUUAUCUGAUAAUAGACUACAGUCUUUGUCUUCGCUGUUCCCAGUGCUGCCAAGGCUUAAACCCCAAACUUUAAAUGAUCAACAGACGUUAGAUGAUGAAUGGAGAAAUUUAAUGUUGACUGCGGAUGAACAACAUUUGAAUACAAAUCAACCAGCAGACGUGUUUUGGCAUCAGUUGUCUCAAAUCAAAGAUAGCAACGGAGAUAAUAAAUAUCAUUUUCUGCCUCGUUUUAUGCUCCAAGUUUUAUCGUUGCCUCACUCGAACGCUGAGUGCGAACGAAAGUUUAGUGAAAUAAAUAAUAUAAAAACAAAGCAGAGAAACUGUUUAGUCACAAAUACCAUCAAAGGCAACAUGCUAGCUCAGCAAGCCAUUCGGCGGACUUCCGAAAAUUGCGUGAAUUUUAAUCCAACUAAGGAAAUGAUUUCAAGGAUGACAGCAAAGAUUUAUGAAAAUCAUGAGCAAAUUGUUCUGGAAUAA